AUGAAUUCUGUGCAGAGCGGUUAUACGUUGAUAGACGAGGAAGCUUUAGAUAACGUUGAAUCUACGAUGAAAACGGUGGAUGCGUUGCACGAGAAAUUAAGUCAAAAAGUGAUGAUUCCAGUCGGUCCUUUGGCGUUUAUGGAAGGUUCAUUGAUUCACACGAACGAAUUUAUGUGUUCGUUGGGAAAAGACUAUUUUGUGUGGAAAUCAGCAAAAGGAACCACCGAAUUGCUCCAGCGGAGAAAAGAAUAUAUAGAAGGGAAGAUGAAAGGAGUGGAUGAUCAACUCAAGAAGCUGGAAGACUAUCGAAGUCAGCUGCGUUACUUGGAAGUACUGAAUUUGCCUUUUGUUGUAUUCCCCUAG